AUGAAUUCGAGCAAUAUGGAUAUUGAGCAGCUGCUCAGGGCUUUCAACAAUUUAGAAAUGUAUUGUGAUGCCCCUGACAGUAGCUUUUACGAAUCAACACCAAGCUGUUCCGUUGACAUCUCCCUCGAAGAAGCCCUUCAUUUCCCACAGAGAAUCUCCACGAGGGUGCCGACUGAAACGAACGAAUGCCGACAACUCACGUUGAGAAAUCUGAAGACAAUGUGGUGUAGGGAUGUGGCGCACUACUUCGAAUGGGUGGCUGGUGUGCCAGAGUUGCGCUUAAUGGAUGUGCAAGAGAAGGUGGGUUCUGUGAAUUAUGAAAUAGCCAAGGAGCCG